CCGAUGUAUAGAGACAAUAUAAAAUUUUUAAGGAAACAAAGGAUGGACAAAACAUGAACUUUCUUGCAAAAGGCCUAACUUGUGCGACACAGGUGCGAAACUGCUUGUCUCACAUUCUUUUUUACGAUUAUUAUUACAACAAUAAAUCAAAUCAAAAUUAUGACAUUGACCCAAUCGAUGAUGUAAUCGGAUUCAUUGAUAAUAUAGAUGAAUAUUUAAAUCGUUUGUUUGAAAAUGAACCUUUUUUUCGAAGACUUACCUCUGCAAAUGAGAUGAAAUACUUGUUCUAUAUUGACGAGAUUAAAUACUUCUUAUCACCAUCUCCACAAAAAAUUGAUCGCAAUUCAAUCGAAAGAUAUUGCGAAAUAAAAUUGUCUCACUAUAAAAAACUAUCUUCGAUACGAAAUGAGUUGGACAGAUAUAUAGUGAAACCUGAAAGAGAACAGCUUUUGGAAGAAAUUUGUACUUUCGUGGCAAUAUAUAUUCAAGUUCGAGAAGAUGUAUGUUACACGAAUGUAAGUGCAUCAUUGGAUACAAUCGCACAAGAGGUACUGAAUUCUCUUAGAAAGAAGCAUCCGAACCAUUCGAUAUUCUCCACGUCUGAAGAAACUUUUUCCUAUUGGAAAACCAACAAUAUCAAAGAUAAUCGAUGGGAUGAAACAGAAAGUACGCUUAUUAUGGAUACACUCCAGGAAUAUAUAUUUGGCACUUUAAACUUUCGAGUAUGUAGCUCCGUACCCGAAGAUAUCAAAUGUUUGUGUAUAGAUUAUGUUUUACAAAGUAAAUCUGGUGAAGAUAUCAUUGUAUAUACAAUAUUUCAUAGCGUGGCUAGAAGAAUUGGUCUACGUUGCGAUGCAAUAAAUUUUUUUACUCGAUUAUCUAUAUUUUGGAAACCAGAAUUCGUCACGAAUAAUUUUGAAAAUGCACGAUGUUUUUACACACAAAAGUAUUUCCCCGAGUAUCGUGUUAUUGAUAAUCUAUCAGAAUACAUGUCUGUAAGACCAGUCGCAAUAACAAUUACAAAGAUGUUGAAGUUAACAAGAGAUAUCGUUAGAGAAUUUAUAAUACAACAUAAAAUUAAGAAAAUGCGAUUAAUCCGGGUUAAUUGCAUUAUCCAACAACUUCCGAUAUGAUUAAAAUGUAUUGUAAUCAUAUUACGAUGAUAGUUUCAAGAUAUCAUAAUAUUCCGUGUUUUGAGUAGCAUAUGAGCCUGCAUCUGUGUCUAUUUUUGUCAUCAUGUUUUAAGAAAUAUGAGUACAAUAUGAGUAAAGUAUAUACGCGCACUAACAAUCGCAUAUUAGUAUAUAAUAUAUACAAUUGUAAAAAUAUUGAACAUUGUAAGAUUCUUUUAGAU